AUGUUACGGUCAUCGCCGGGGGCAGGCGAGCGCGGCAGCGCGCGCGGCAGCGCUGCCGGCAGGCACGCGAGCGCGGCAGCGCGCGCGGCAGCGCUGCCGGCAGGCACGUGCCUAGGAGUUACGGCGAGCGCGGCAGCGCGCGCGGCAGCGCUGCCGGCAGGCACGUGCCUAGGAGUUACGGCGAGCGCGGCAGCGCGCGCGGCAGCGCUGCCGGCAGGCACGUGCCUAGGAGUUACGGCGAGCGCGGCAGCGCGCGCGGCAGCGCUGCCGGCAGGCACGUGCCUAGGAGUUACGGCGAGCGCGGCAGCGCGCGCGGCAGCGCUGCCGGCAGGCACGUGCCUAGGAGUUACGGCGAGCGCGGCAGCGCGCGCGGCAGCGCUGCCGGCAGGCACGUGCCUAGCGAACACGCCCGUCCCAGCAAGCUACAAUAGCUAA